AUGAAGUUUCCCCGGGACUGUGGCUGCGACCGUGCCCGCGCCGGCCGCCGCCGGCCGCCCGCCCUCCGCGCCGCGCUGCUGCUGCCGCCGCUGCUGCUGCUGCUGCUGGUGCCGCGGGCCGCCGCCGCCCCGCUGCCCAACGCCGACUCCUCGGGGGAGGCAGAGCUGGAAGAGGCGGCGGAUCGGCGGGCGGCGCUGCCCAACAGCCUGAAUCUGGCGCGGCUGCUGCACGAGCGGGCGACACAGCUGCAGAACGAGAUGUGCGAGAAGUUUACCGUCUGCCAGAACAGCAUGGAAAUGCUCCUCCACAACAACCUCAACCUCCCCAAGGUGACGGAGGAAGAUGGGUGUCUGCUCGCCGGCUUUAAUGAGGAUAAAUGUUUGAGAAAAAUCUCCAGUGGGCUUUAUACAUUUCAGACAUACCUCAAAUACAUACAAGAAACUUUUAUUAGUGAAAACCAAAAUGUUGAAUCGCUAUCCUACAAUACAGAGCACCUGGCACAAAUCAUAAAACAGAUGGUGAUCAAUCCCGAAGAAGUGAUCAUCCCAGAUGCAGCUACCCAGGAAUCCCUCCACACAAAGCUGAAGUCCACUACGGCCUGGACAAAGAAAAUCACCAUCCAUCUCAUCCUCCGAGACUUUACUUCAUUUAUGGAGAAGACAGUGAGGGCCGUGCGCUAUUUGAAAAACACCAGGAGUUUCAGUGCUUGAAUGUUUUAGUUCAGGCACAAUCCUUUGGUUACAAAUCUGUCAGGUGGCAGAUAACAGUGUUGUUCUGUUUUAAGAACUAGAAAUAGUAACAAUGGUUGGAUCUAUAUACAUUCCCAUUUCCUUUUAGGAACUUAUUUAUUGUAUUUAAGAUAUUUAUUAGGUUUUAAUAUUUUUUAUUUAUAUUUUCAAUAUUUAGAAAUAAUUUAAACAAAUUAUGUAUUUUAUUUCCUGUCUAAUGGUACUAUUCAGAUAUAAACUUAUUUAAUAUGUAUUCAAAAAAAAUUUUCAGAACCCAGAAA